AAUAAUAAUAAUAAUAAUAAUAAUAAUAAUAAUAAUAAUAAUAAUAAUAAUAAUAAUAAUAAUAAUAAUAAUAAUAAUAAUAAUAAUAAUAAUAAUAAUAAUAAUAAUAAUAAUAAUAAUAAUAAUAAUAAUAAUAAUAAUAAUAAUAAUAAUAAUAAUAAUUACAAUAAUAAUAAUAAUAAUAAUAAUAAUAAUAAUAAUAAUAAUAAUAAUAAUAAUAAUAAUAAUAAUAAUAAUAAUAAUAAUAAUAAUAAUAAUAAUAAUAAUAAUAAUAAUAAUAAUAAUAAUAAUAAUAAUAAUAAUAAUAAUAAUAAUAAUAAUAAUAAUAAUAAUAAUAAUAAUAAUAAUAAUAAUAAUAAUAAUAAUAAUAAUAAUAAUAAUAAUAAUAAUAAUAAUAAUAAUAAUAAUAAUAAUAAUAAUAAUAAUAAUAAUAAUAAUAAUAAUAAUAAUAAUAAUAAUAAUAAUAAUAAUAAUAAUAAUAAUAAUAAUAAUAAUAAUAAUAAUAAUAAUAAUAAUAAUAAUAAUAAUAAUAAUAAUAAUAAUAAUAAUAAUAAUAAUAAUAAUAAUAAUAAUAAUAAUAAUAAU